AUGAUGAAUAUGGGAGGUCCUUCGACGAUUCCAGAGACCCAUGAUUUCUUGUUGCGACUGUUUUCGGAUGGCGAUUUGAUCCCGUUGGGUCCGUUUCAGUCGUGGAUCGCCAAGGCUAUUGCGUAUCGAAGGACAGCAGAUAUCGAGAAGAAGUAUGAGGAGAUUGGAGGUGGGUCGCCCAUUCGCAAGUGGACGUCGCUGCAGGCUUCUGAGGCUUGUAAACUGCUGGAUGAGCUUUCCCCAGAGACAGCUCCUCAUAAACCAUAUAUCGCGUUUAGAUAUGCUGCUCCGUUGACUGAUACUACAUAUAAACAACUGCUGGACGACGGGAUCACGAGGGCUGUGGCUUUUACCCAGUAUCCGCAAUAUAGUUACUCGACUACUCGAAGUAGUUUUAAUGAGUUGAGGAAAGUUCAGAGGGAACUGGAUCCGAAUGGCAAGAUUACCUGGAGUUUUAUUGAACGAUGGCCUACACAUCCUGGUCUGGUAAAGACAUUUGCUCGUCAUAUCCAGGACCAGCUUAAUGCAUUUGACGAAUCUAUUCGUGAUCAAGUAGUGAUUCUGUUUUCUGCACACUCGAUUCCUAUGUCGGUUGUUAAUCAGGGUGACCCAUAUCCAGCCGAGGUCGCUGCUACUGCGUUUCAUGUGAUGCAGGAACUCAAGUUCUCCAACCCGUACCGAGUAGUCUGGCAGUCUCAAGUGGGUCCUCGGCCUUGGUUAGGUGCUCAGACUGCUAAAGUAGUUGCUGCUCUGGAACAACGUGAGAGUACAAAGGGAAUUGUCGUGGUUCCUGUAGCGUUUACAUCAGACCAUAUUGAGACAUUGCAUGAAAUUGAUAUUGAACUGAAGGAAGAAAUGAAGCGUCCCGAACUUUUACGUCGUGCCGAGUCGCUGAAUGGAGACCCCGAGUUCAUCAAGGCAAUUGCCGACAUUGCCCACGCCCAUCUCGCCGAGUCUACUGAAAAACAGGUCGAGAGCGGUGCCGCCAUCAAACCGUACAUAAUGCGAAUCUAA